AUGCACCGGCGGGGGGUGGGGGCGGGGGCCAUCGCCAAGAAGAAGCUGGCAGAGGCCAAAUACAAAGAACGGGGGACAGUUUUGGCAGAAGACCAAUUAGCCCAGAUGUCCAAGCAGCUGGACACGUUUAAAACGAACCUUGAAGAGUUCGCCAGCAAACACAAACAAGAGAUCCGUAAAAACCCGCAGUUCAGAGUCCAGUUCCAGGACAUGUGUGCAACAAUUGGCGUGGAUCCACUAGCAUCUGGUAAAGGAUUCUGGUCUGAAAUGUUAGGUGUUGGCGACUUUUACUAUGAGCUAGGUGUCCAGAUUAUCGAGGUCUGUCUGGCUCUGAAGCACAGAAACGGAGGAUUGAUAACCCUGGAGGAGCUCCAUCAGCAAGUGCUGAAAGGCAGGGGAAAGUUCGCUCAAGACGUCAGCCAGGAUGACCUCAUCCGAGCGAUUAAGAAGCUGAAAGUUCUCGGAAAUGGCUUUGGGAUCCUUCCCGUUGGUGGAACAUACCUGAUCCAGUCAGUGCCUGCUGAACUGAACAUGGAUCACACUGUUGUGAUACAGCUUGCUGAGAAAAAGGGGUACGUGACCAUCAGCGAAAUCCAGUCUGGUUUGAAAUGGGAAGCGCAGCGAGCCAAGCAGGUGCUGGACCACCUGCUGAAAGAAGGGAUGGCCUGGCUUGACACGCAAGCCCCAGCAGAACCCCAGUACUGGCUCCCGGCCCUCUUCACAGAGCUUUACUCUCAGGAGAUCACGCCGGAAGAAGCAAAAGAAGCGUUGCCCUGAUGACCAAGGAGGAAAGAGAAUUACCUGAGCUUCAUUUA